AUGAGCGGCGAGAUCGAUGCCCUCUACAUAUUUGACGAGCAAAACGCCCCUAUCGUCGAACAUGUGUACCGUGCCCGCCCACCCUCGGCCGCGGCCAUCCUGCCCCUCUACCUCGCGCACGCAGCCCCGCGACCUUCUUUGCUGUAUUUCCCUAGUGCAAUCCCGCCGGUCACAGUUUACUCCAUAGUUCAAUCAAAUCUACUGUUCCUUGCCGUGAGUGAAGUGGACACAGAGCCACUUUUGGUGCUCGAGUUCCUACAUCGCGUGGUGGAUGUAUUGGAGGAUUUCGUUGGUGCUCCGCUUCUUUCAACGAAGAUCCAAGGGAACUACGAUGUUGUGGCUCAAUUACUACACGAGAUGUGCGAUGCGGGAGUGGUAUGUAAUACGGAGCCCAACUCUCUUCAGGAGGUAGUCGAGGUCCCGGGCUGGAUGGGGAAGCUUCUGGGGGGAAUCAGUGUACCUGGCUCUUCUACACCCACAUCAAGCAAUCCUCUCAAACAGUCGCUGGCCGCUGCGGCUGCUGCGCAAGGCCCAGCGAUUCCUUGGAGACGGCCCGGAGUACGGCAUACGUCGAACGAGUUAUAUGUCGAUAUUGUCGAAUCUCUUAACGUGACUAUGGCACCAUCAGGGCGGCUGCUAUCAGCAUUGGUAUCUGGUACUAUCGCAUUUACUGCCAAAAUAUCCGGAGUCCCCGAUCUACUUUUGUCACUAUCAGCUCCCGGUGGUCAGCAAGCGCUCGCCCGCAAGGUCGAACUGCCCGUCUUCCAUCCCUGUGUUCGUCUCGCCCGUUGGCGGGAACGUCCAGGUGAGCUGAGCUUUGUGCCUCCGGAUGGUGGAUUUAUCCUAGCUGGAUAUGAAGUCGAUCUCCUCCCAAUAGACCCGGAUCUCGAUCAACCACCCAGUCAUAUGGAAAAGCUAUUUCUCCCCGCCAUUGUGGAUAUCCGCAAGUCUAUAGGCCCAACUGGAUCUGAUUUUGAAGUUCGAUUAACUCUCAAUACCGAUUUCCCUGGUCAAUCUUCAUCUCGACCGGCCCCUUCUCGAGGUGGAUCAGGGACAUCUACACCUUCCUUCCUCGGUGGUAGCAGCUCCACAGGUCCGGUCUUAGAGGAGGUGGUUGUCAGUGUUCCAAUUUCGAAGUCUGUGCGCCACAUUACGGAUAUGCAGGCCAGCCGUGGUGAUGCGCAGUACUCUCCUGGCACUGGUCUGCUCGAAUGGCGAGUUCCUACUGGGCGCGAUGCCGGAACAAUUACGGGAACUGCGACUCUCCGCUGUACUGUUGCUGGCUACCCGUCGGCGGAUGACGACUUUGACAGCCUAGAAGAGGUUGAUGAAGAUGCCAAUGCAAAUCUACUGCAAGGUUAUUACGAAGACCCUGCUUCAUAUGAUAAUCCUUCCGCAUCCACUUCCCGGAAAACUCGAUCAUCCGACCCUACGAAGAAGAAAAAGAAGAAGAAGAAGUCAACCAAAAAGUCAUCUCGUUCUGCUGCUACCCUCGCAGAAGACGUAGGCGACGCCCCGGCCGAGGGCGUCUCUGAAGAGCGAGUCAAGGCUUCUGCCUCUCCUUCCCCUAUCCCCUCUAAAGCCCACACCCCAACACCUCCACCAUCACAUAUCCUCUCUCCUAAUGCGUCGCAACUCCCAUCAUUUUUUACACCUUCAUCUGCACCUCGUCCCGUGGCGCGCAGGACCAAAGCCCAAGUCAACGCGAGCCUUAUGCCAAAUUCAGCUUCUGUCUCCUUCUCAGUGCGUGGCUGGCUUCCAUCUGGUAUCAAGGUAGACAGUCUUAACAUUGAUCAACGCCGCAGUCGUGGCGUUGGAGAAAAUGUUAAGCCGUAUAAGGGUGUGAAGUACUUAUGCGUGAGUCGGCGCGGCGUGGAGCGUCGUUGUUGA